AUGGCUUGCUGCAACGUCGUCGACGAGAUUGCUCGCGGAGGCGGUGGCUCGGAGGGGCUCGCGGAGGGGCUCACUCACAGAGGCGGUGGAUCGGAGGGGUUCGCGGAGGGGCUCGCUGCAACGCUGGCUCACAGAGGCGGUGGCUCGGAGGGGCUCGCUGCAACGUUGGUUCACAGAGGCGGUGGCUCAGAGGGGCUCGCGGAGGAGCUCGCUGCAGCGCUUGCUCACAGAGGCGGUGGCUCGGAGGCGGGUCUUCAUUUUCAGGUGGUGGCUAGCUGGGCCUAUAAUAAGCCAUUCUCUCAUACGUACAACCCUGGUUGGAGAAACCACCCAAACUUCAGUUGGAGAGAUCUCGACCAAGCACAAUCUUCUAGAGGGAAAUGGAGAAAUGAGCACCAGUCUCAACCAUCAAAAGCUCAAUCUGCUCCUCAAUACAAUGUUCCACCUCAAAGGAGUUCUCUUGAGAACACCCUUCAUUCAUUCAUGGAGGAGCAAGACAAAAUAAAUUGCCAAAUGAUGGAAGAAAUCAAGGAAAUGAAAAGUCACUUUUCAAAACUGACUGGAUCCUUGGCUAAUUUUGAAAGAGGCAAACUUCCUUCUCAGUCUCAAUUCAAUACACAAGGGCAACAUAUGGCUCAAACCUCCAACUCUAACGAUCAAAACCUUAUGGAGGCUAAUGUCAUCACAACUAGAAGUGGUAAGGCUUUGGAAGAUCCACCAAUAGCAGCCACUACUUCAAAAUCUCCAAAUGUUGUCCCUGAUAGUGUGCCAUUCAAUGCUUCUACAAAAGUGCCAUUUCCCCAGGCUCUGAGACCUGAUGGGAAAAUUCCUGAAAAUCGAGAAGAAAUCCUUGAGCACUUAACACAAGUGAAGAUUAAUAUUCCUUUGCUUCACAUAAUCAAACAAGUGCCAGCCUAUGCUAAAAUCAUCAAGGAUCUUUGCAUUGUAAAAAGGAAGCAUCAUGUCAAGAAGACUGUUUUCUUGACUCAGCAAGUUAGUGCAGUAAUUGAACAAAAGACACCGCCAAAAUACAAAAAUCCUGGUUGUCCCACCAUUUCCUGCCAAAUUGGGAUUCAUGAAUUCAGCGAAGCUUUGUUAGACUUAGGAGCGAGUGUCAAUCUCAUGCCUUAUUCUGUGUACUCGCAACUUGGUCUUGGUGAAAUCAAGCCUACUUUUGUAGUCUUACAACUGGCUGAUCAUUCUCUUAAGAAGCCUCGGGGUAUUGUUGAGGAUGUUCUUGUUCAAGUUGACAAAUUCUAUUACCCCAUUGACUUCCUCAUUCUGGAUACUCAAUCUGUGGUUAACAUGGAGUCAAAAAUCCCUAUCAUACUUGGAAGACCUUUCCUUGCUACAACUAAUGCCCUUAUUAAUUGUAGUAAUGGUCUCAUGAAAAUAACUUUUGGGAAUAUGACUCUCGAGGUCAAUAUUUUUCAUGUUUCAAAGCAACCACAUGAUGAUGAUGAGUGUUAUCAGACAUUUCUGAUUGACACACUCAUUCCUGAGGAGAUUCAAUUGCAAAGAAAUUUUGAUGAUCUUGAUGAACUCCUCUCUGUUAGUGAAAGUUCUGGUUUUGAUGAGUCAAUUAAUGAAAAUUCUUAUUAUAAAGACUCACAAAAGGAAAGAACAAAGUUUUGGUAA